AUGCGGCGGCGGUGGGGCGUGGUGGAGGAGGAGACGCCCCGCAGCGCCACCGUGCGCACACACGAACCGGUCGAGCUGCCAUGGACACCGGUGCGCGGGUGGACUCCGCCUCUCUCCUCCACCUUUGCCACCCCACAGCAGCAAAAACAACCUUCCACGUCCACGCUAUGGCUGCGUCCGAGAGGUCAAGAUGUCGCCGUCGUCCAGUCCGCAAUCCGCGACUUGAAGCUGCUCGUGUCGCCGCUGCUGCUGCUCGCUCCUCCCCCGUACGUGAGCACCCAGGCCCGGGAAACGUCCUUGCCUCCUCCCGCAGCAGUAGAGCAGCAGCAGCAGCGACGACGGCCGACUUCCUACGAAGAGUGCAGUCGGUGGUACGCCACGCAGCCCAUCCCGGCCGGGAUGUUCCUCCUGAGCAUCCCGACCGAGGCCGUUCUCUUCGCCAAUCCACCACCGGCGUCGGAUCCGCUGCUUGGCUACUUUAUGCAGGUGGAGGAGCUGGUGGCGCAGCUGGUGGAUGCGGCGGCGACAGGUGGGACCGCCCACCACGGGUAUGCGUCCUACCUGUGCGAUAGCGUGGUGCCCUGUCGGAAUCUACCCUUUCUGACACCGGCGGACCUGCAGAAGGAGUUUUCGCGGGAGGCUGCCGCAGCGAGUGGGGGUGAGGCCGGAAGCCAUCUCUCCAGUGGGCCACCGCCACCACUACUACGGGGGCUUGCCGAGAACAGAGGACAAGACGAGAGCGACUCCAAUCGUGAGGCAUCUGCCUCCGACAGCCCUGCCAUCUCCCUUCUUUCCUUCUUCCACGAUGACAUGUCCGGCGAACCGCUCAGCGACUACCUCCGUGCCCGCCUGUCGAAGGCGGAGUACGCGUGGUGGGUCAGUCUCGUUCUUUCCCACCGCGCCGGCAGCAGCAGUUUGCUGCCCAUGCUGGACAAGCUCAACCACAGCCCCAUACCGAACUGCUACUACACCAUGGCGACCGAGGAAACCGUGUGUGGGCUUGACGUGAUGGACAACUUGCUGGCGGGGGUGCCGGAGGAGUUGCUCUACCAGCCCUACGUGCACCUCUUCGCGAUGCGCGACAUUAAGGCAGGCGAGGAGCUGACAUUGUGCUACGCUUCUGCGGCGGAGGGGGUGUACCGACCCGCCGGUGUGCAUCCGCCUCCGCGGCCGGCGUCCCUGCGGACACCCCCACCCCCGGAGUUUCUACGCUCGACUGUGGAGAACAGCAGCGGCAGCGGGGAGGACACGCAGCGUGCGGCGCAGUCAACAGAAAACGUAAGCGACUUCAUGGAAUCUCUGUUUUCUUCUGCUGCAGUGGCAGCGGCAGCCACUGCCACCGUGCCAGCUAUUGGGAGCGCUGCAGACCGAACAGACGUGAGCCGAGAGCUGCGACAUCUGCAGCACCCCGGUCGGCAAGAAGUCAGCACGGCGGAGGGCAGUGCGAGCUGGCGGCUGCAGUGGGGCUUCGUGCCUCCGUGCGACGCAGUGUACAGCGCGAAGGACUUGGUGGAAAUGGCUGCUCUGGUGGCGGAACGACGGGUGGACACGCGGGCGGCGCUGUUUCCUCCUCCUUCCCAUUCCUCUCUUGCAGCGGCGGCACACUCGUGA